AAGCUACUUGCUGUCAAUCAAGUCCUCGGUCGCAGCUGUUCUCAGUUCAGUCAGUGUGAUCCUCCGACCACCACAAGGUUUCCUCCGAGCACUCCUGUCGGCCACAUCUCACUUCAAAUACUACUUCUAUACAAAUAUAAAAGAACAAGCAAAGCACUGGCGUUAAAACUAGCUUUAAUUCUCCGCGUCGUCGUCCUCCUGCGACAUGCCGCGGUUUGAAGAGGACCCGGCUCAUCUCUCCAAAUCGAGACUGAAGUCGGAUUUAGUCGCGCACAGCGUCGCGCUGCCGCCUGCCCAAAGCAAAAAGGACGUUUAUGUGGAGUUGCACUUAAAACACAUCGACCAGAAAAACGCGGCGGAUUUUUCCAGCGAUGAGGAGGAUCAGGUGCAAGAUGUGGCAGACAAGGAAGAGGAUGCAGAGGAUGCAGAGAUUCCCGACCCGAGUGGUUUGACUGAUGACGACCUCAAGGCCGCGCUGCUUGAACGCGGGUUUAAAGCUGGGCCCAUAGUUGCCUCCACCAGGGCCGUGUAUGAGAAGAAGCUCAGGAAACUGCUUCAGCCUGAUGGACAGGACCAUCUGAAUGGAGCAGAGAAAGGUGUAGUGUACUCUGACAGCGAAGAGGAGGAGGAGGAGGAAGGUUCUCAAGGAGCAAAAGAGGAAACUGUUGAACGGUCAGACCAGACCCAACAAGAGAGUAGCCAGAAUGGUGACUUUUUUUAUCCGCAGUGCUUUUUACCCUCAUCAAGACUGCGUGCUCGUGCUUCUAGAAACAGGGAACCUUGUCCCAAGAGGAAUUCAGGGAAUGCGCUAAAAUCAUCAGAGCGCAGUCGGUCUCACUGCUCACAGAUUCCAGUAGGAAUUAGUAGAGCAUCCUCUGUAGAUCAACGCUCAGGAUUAGGAUCAGGGGUUCCACCUGGAUCUCAAUCAGUUAUGCCCAAUGGUUGCUCAUCAUUUUCCUCCCAGGCCUUCAGCAUCACUCAAAUGGUUGAGGAGAUGGAGAGUCGGAGGUCACUGUCUGUUAGCACAGACACAGAGAGAGAGUUGAAUGAGAGCAAUGUGCAGGAACAUUGGUCGCGGUCCAACAGGCUGGACAUGCCGACUGUGGACAAGCACAGCAUGAAGAACCAGUCCCUGUACUACACUCCCAAGGCCUCCCCUUAUAAAUGGGGAAUGAAGCUUUCUCAGGAACCUGUGAAGGAUACUUUCAAGGACAUGUUUCCAGACACUCAGGCCACCCCAACAGGGAUCUAUGCCACUCGUCGGAAACCCAUCAAGGGUGCAGCAGGGAGACCUAUCCAGUAUGUGUACCCAGACACUCCAGCCAGCCCAACGACCCAGGAGAGACAAGAGGUGGAGCGCCGUCUUGUGCCCAUCCAGAUACAGAUUUUGGUCUUCCUCAUUGUGGUAGUUCUCCUAUACGUAAUUUAUGCUUGUGUUGAGGACAACUCAUUCAGUCCGUUUGUGGCCUUACUGGAAAGUUUAAACCAGGGGUCAGAUGGUGAGGAGGGGCUUUUGCUUCCGGCUGAGACGCAGGACACACCAGCGCUCUCUGGACAGGAGUAACGUAUGUUUUCUGUUUUUUUAACCCUCUGCAUUGACUUACAGAUGUGAGGGUUGCUUUUUUUGAUGCAAGCCCAAAUUACCUUGUCCUGGGAUAUCCUCAGGGAGCACAUAUUACUUUAAAUGUGUGACUGUAUGGGAGCAAACCUCAAAGUCCAGAUUUACAUUUGUAUAUGUCUUUCUUAUGGAUGUGUUACCACAGUGCUUUUGUCAUUGUAGUUGAAACAAUUACUAAAACACAGAGAUUCAGUUGAAAUUUUAAGAUUUUCUCAAAUUAAAAAUAAAUUAAGAAUGCUGUAAUUUUUUCUAUUUCCUAAUCAAAAUUGUGUAAUGCGAUAUCAUUGUACUUGUAUUAUGUGUGUGUUUCUUCUUUUUUAAAAAUAUUUGAAUAUUUCAAUAAAGGAUGUUUUGCUUCA